GCAAAGAAUGCGGACGGACGCGUGUUGGUCACGUUCCUUUCCAUUGUUGCGCUCGAGUCUUUGGCGGCCGCAUAAUGUGCUGCUCUGCACAAGGAGGAAGAGCAACGGCCCCCAACCCGACCUGAACAGGUGAUGACGUCCGCGUGGGAAACGAUCUUGUCCGUCCACCAGCACAUCGUCGACCAUGGCGACAAGAGAACUGACCCGUGGCCGCUGGUCUACUCGCCGAUCCCGGUCACGCUCAUCGUCCUGAUGUACCUGGGCCUGGUCUGGGCGGGGCCUCGGCUCAUGAGACACAGAGAGCCCGUCGACCUCCGGGUGGUCCUCAUCUUUUACAACUUGGCCAUGGUGGGCAUGUCGGCCUACAUGUUCCAUGAGUUCUUGGCCACUUCCUGGCUGUCCAACUACAGCCUCCUGUGUCAGCCGGUGGACUACAGCAACAGGCCGCUGCCCAUGAGAAUGGCUCGGGUCUGUUGGUGGUUCUUCUUCUCCAAAGUCAUCGAGCUCAGUGACACGGUCUUCUUCAUCCUGAGGAAGAAGAACAGCCAGCUGACUUUCCUUCACGUCUUCCACCACGCCACCAUGAUCCUCAACUGGUGGUCUGCGAUCAAAUACACGCCGGGCGGACAGUCUUUCUUCAUCGGCCUGCUCAACACUUUUGUCCACACUGUGAUGUACUCUUACUACGGCCUGGCUGCUCUGGGCCCUCACAUGCAGAAGUACCUGUGGUGGAAGUCAUACCUCACCUGCCUGCAGUUGCUGCAGUUUCUGCUGAUUAUCACGCACACGACCUACAACCUGUUCACCGAAUGCGACUUCCCGCUCGCCACCAACAUUUUGGUGGUGCUUUACGCCAUCAUCCUCGUCAUCCUCUUUGGGAACUUCUAUCGCCAGAGCUACCUAGACAAGAAGAAGCGGAAGUAAGACGGGUUCAGAUUUGUCCAGCGCUGUUUUUUUUUGUCCACUUGAAAAUGUUUACAUCCAAUCACACACAAGACAUGUUGAACCGUGUUUGUGCGCAAGUGUGUGCAUACUCGCCAUUGCCACAAGAGGGCAGCGCAUGCCCAUAUUGGAUUAAAAACAACUCGGAGGUGCUGACAUGUUUCAUUCAUAUAUUUAUUAUUUCUUGAAUGGAGAAAAUGGCAAACAUUGUAAAGUGUGUUUUGAGCAAUCUGUACAUUUCUACACAGAGGGUUGGUGUGCUUUGCAUUACUGGACCAAAGGAAAUAAAAACCCCAAGCCCACAAAAUCAAACGGAGGAAUGCAAA